UCCCACUGGCCUCUGGCCCUUACAGGGUUAGCCAAUGGGAAGAGACAACUGUGGGGUGGGGACUGCCUGCCCCCAUGAGUACCAGGCUGCAGAGGCUGGACCAUCUCCUCACUUCCAUCCUGACUGCAGUCUGUGGGUCUGAUUCUACACCUGAGGGGCUGACGGUGCGAAUCUGGGUUCCAGGGCUCAGGAUGCUGUUGCUACGAGCUGUUCUAUUGCUACUGGUCCUGCCAAUUCGCGGCCAGGACUCCGAGACAGAAGGGCCUGGAGUUGUGGUUCCCCUGCCAAAAGGGGCCUGCACAGGUUGGAUGGCAGGCAUCCCGGGGCAUCCUGGCCACAAUGGGAUCCCAGGCCGGGAUGGUAGAGAUGGCACCUCGGGUGAAAAGGGUGAGAAAGGAGAUCCAGGUCUUGUUGGUCCUAAGGGUGACACUGGUGAAACUGGAGUAACUGGGAUUGAAGGUCCCCGAGGUUUUCCAGGAAUCCCAGGCAGGAAAGGAGAACCUGGAGAAAGUGCCUACGUAUACCGCUCAGCGUUCAGUGUGGGAUUGGAGAGUCGGGUCACAGUCCCCAAUGUUCCCAUUCGCUUUACCAAAAUCUUCUACAAUCAGCAAAACCACUAUGAUGUUACCACUGGAAAAUUCCACUGCAACAUUCCUGGGCUAUACUACUUCUCCUACCACAUCACAGUCUACUUGAAGGACGUCAAGGUCAGUCUCUACAAGAGAGACAAGGCGAUGCUCUUCACCUACGACCAGUACCAGGAGAAGAAUGUGGACCAGGCCUCUGGCUCUGUGCUCCUCCAUCUGGAGAUGGGCGAUGAAGUCUGGCUCCAGGUGUAUGGGGAUGGGGACUCUAAUGGGCUCUAUGCAGAUAACGUCAAUGACUCCACCUUUACAGGCUUCCUUCUCUACUAUGACACCGUUUGAUCACAACUAACUUAGAACCUCCACUGGGCCAGACAACCAAAAGUGAAAGAACAGUCUACAGGUUCUCAGUGUAGUUAGGAGAUUAAUUUUACUACCUAGUUGGAGGGCUCUGAACAUUAUUCAUUCAUUUACUCAUUCAUUCAUCAAGUCCUUUAAAAAAAUUAUAUACUAUGUUCCUGAAGAAGACAUGGUUCCCUGGCCUCAAGGAUCUGCUAUGUAGUAGCAAUGAAAGGUUAAUAACAUUUCCUGGGGUGCUUUGCACACAUGGCAAGAUACCUGACUACCAUAAAGUAUUUCACAGUGUUAUUCUGUGUCUAUUGUUUUUCCUCAUAUUCAUGCCAAUCCUGCGAGGUACACAGGAAACAUAUUAUUCUCCUCUUUUUGCACUUGGGUUCUGAGCCUGAGAGUGACUGCCUAAGGUGACACAGGUAUUAAGUGGCAGAGUUAGAAAUCAAACCCAGGUCUAGAGACCUUCUCCUCUAGACCCUGCCCUUGUUUAGGAGUACACGGCCUCUUGGGAGUGUUGGUAGGGAGUCAAUCACCCAGCUCAUCUGAGGGCCUCCGAGUUGUCCUUCAUGGUGAGUUACGCCUUUCCCCGGUAGAGCUGCGUCAGAGAAGGUGAUUCUAUGGCUAUGUCCCAUCCCAAUGGGACUAAUGGCCCCUGAAUGACUGUACUUUGGCUUCUCUGUCUCUUUCCUCAUGCUCUUCUCUCUAGCUCAGAAAGCGACUUCGAUCUCCACAGGCUGAAAUCCUCCCUGUUCCUCAGAGCCACCUAGUCAGGAAACUUCUCUGAUGGGCUCGCUCUUUCCUGCAAACCUUCCGCACACAUUGUGCCCCUAUGCCCCGCUAUAUGUUAUGCUAGAUGAGAGUCCUGAAUGUGAAAGACAUCCUUCCUCCAGGCCAGGGACGACUGAUGGGAAAGAACUGAGCUUCCCUCACCACCGAGUCCCUUUGCAGGUCCUUGAUAAAUGCCUCAUGAAGACCAACCUUUGGAAUCUCAUCCCUAUGCAGAAUUAUCUCCAGUUCAGUCUUUCCAUAUAACUAAACCUGAUCUAUGAAAACAUUUUCAUUUUAGGAACUCCCUGAAUUUAAGCACCUAAUCCUUGUUCCACUGGAGAGUUUGACUCUUUUCUACUGAGGUUUGGGAUGACUGCUUUCCAGAAUACUUAAAGAAUUUUCCCUCAAGGAAGUAGCUUCCGUCCACAAUGCAAAACACACAAAGGAAUUUGGAAACCAUUCUUUCCUUCAGCACCAACAGGGUCUGGCAAGGCCUGGACCUUCUGAAUCUAUUCUUGUUCUUUAAGUGUUAAAGAAGAAAAGAAGGAAAAAAAAGAACAAAAAAGAACUAUCUGAGGUGAUGGGCAUGGUAAUUAACGUGAUUGUGGUGAUGAUUUCACAAUUUUUAUCUAUAGCAAAUCAUCACAUUAUACAUCUAAAUAUACACAAUUUUAAUUGUCAAAAAUAUUCCAAAAAAAGAAAACAGGUGAUUGAUAGUGGUAAAUAUCUUCCCAGGAGACAAUAGCUUGAAUAAAGCUUUUCAGCGUUUUUAGCAAAAGUAGAGUCAAUAGCAGCAUUCUUUAUAAACAGAAAGGGGAAAAGGUUUGUGUUGCUUACAGUUUUAAAUUCUGAAUGAUUCCCUUUUGCAUGUGUAUUGCUAAUCAUUAAGCCACUAUUAUUUCUACAUACAAAGCCCUGUCUUUUAAAAUGUUUGCAUACUGUCAUUUUCUACAAGUAAAGGUACUCUUCAGCAUUAAAAGUAGAAGCACUUGAGUCCCACGAAAGACAUGGGGUUUAGAGAGGAAGGAGUAAACUGUGUGUGAGGACGCCAUGUUAUGAAUGACAGAAAACCCAACUGUAACUUGAGAGGAAAAAAAAAAAGAUUCCCUUGCACGAUGGAAAAUACCAGAACAGCUGCUCUGUCAUGAGGCAAGGCUUAAACCAGAGGCUCAAGUGAAAUCAAAGACCUUUUUCUAUCUGUUCUUCUACUCUGCCUUCAGCAGUGUAGGCUUAACACCCAGGCUCUACACAGUAUACUUCUAGACUUUUCCUCAGGAUAUCAAAAGACUGACUGGUAGGGUUGCCUGGGUGGCUCACUAGGAUGAGCAUCUGACUCUUGAUUUUGGCUCAGGUCAUGAUCCCAGGGUCAUGGGGUUGAGCCCCGCUUUGGUCUCUGUGCUGAGUGUAGAGCCUGCUUGGGAUUCUCUCUCUCCCUCUCCCUCUGCCCUUCCCCUGCUUGCACAUGCUCUGUCUCUCACUCUCAAAAGAGAGAGAGAGAGAGAGAGAGACUUAAAAAAAAACCAAAAGACUGACUGGUAGCGUGCCAGCUCUGGCACCCUCCCAUCCCACCAUCUGGCUAAAGGGAUAUCCUCUUUUCUGGUGGUUCCCAAGGAGGAGAGUGGAAGUUCUCUUUUCCAUAAGCCCCAGCAACUAUGUCUUUGCACGCCAUUGGCUCUGGCUACAUUGUAUGCCCAUCUCUGACCAAUUAUUUCGCUCAGGACGAUGGACUAUAUUUAUUGACGUAAGUUGAUUAUGGCUCAAGCUGAAGAAAGGGUAUUUUCUCUAAAGCAAAACAGGAGACGGUUACCAGAAGUGGGAGAGUGGAUGAUGAAUUGCAAAAACACCUGCCCACAAUAAACUCUCAGUGGCAUGUUUGAAUUUUCUUACGUUUCUCAGGGAGAUAUUGCUGGAAAAUUACUAUCGGUUUUCCCUAAAAUUUCAACAAGUAGCUAACGUCUGGCCAUGCUCACAGUCCCACAUCUGGGUAAGGUGGCUUCUUCACAGCACUGGACAUAGUGCCACACUCACCGUAAGCUCCCUGGAGCAGGGUUAGUUCUUUGUGGAAACAGAGAGAGCCAAUCUGCCCAAUACCUCCUGAGAGAAGUUGUGGCCAAUAUUUUAGGAUUAGUGGUCCUGUGUUAUCUUCAUGGCCCCAUCAUAUCUUCAAAUAAUACUUAUGGGUUUGUUUAUUUCUCUUCAGUUCUGCCAGCUUUUGCUUUAUGUAUUUUGGAGUUCUCCUAUUAAGUACAUACUCUUUUAAUAUUAUGUCUUCUCGGUGAGUUUACUUUUUAUCAUUAUAUAAUGCCUUUAUUUAUCUCCGGUGAUUUUCCCUAUUCUGAGGUCUAUUUUGUCUGGAAUUUAUAUAGGCACUCUAGCUUUCUUUUGAUUGUUGUUUGCGUGGUAUAUCUUCUUCCAUCAUGUUGCUUUAAAUCUAUGCGGUUGACUCUUGAACAGUGUGGGGUUUAGGGGUACCAACCCUCCACACAGUAAAAAAAUCUGUGUGUAAACUUGACCCUCCAAAAACUUGUCUACUAUGGACCAGAAACCUUAAUGACAACGUAAAUAGUCGACUAACAUGUGUUCUGUAUAUUAUAGGUAUGAUAUGCUGUAUUCUUACAAUAAAGUGAGCUAGAAAAAAGAACAUGUUAUGAAGAAAAUUAUAAGGAAGAGAAAAUACAUUUACAUUAUUGUAUGUGUAUUUAUUGAAAAGGAAUCUGUGUGUUAGUGGACCCAUGCAACUAAAACCCAUGUUGUUCUGGGGUGCCUGGGUGGCUCAGUCGGUUAAGCGUCCAACUCUUGUUUUUGGCUCAGGUCAUGAUCUCACGGUUCACAGGUUCAAGUCCUGCGUUGGGCUCUGCCCUGGCAGUGCAGAGCCUGCUUGGGAUUCUCUCUCUCUCCUUCUCUCUCUGCCCUUCCCUCCCCCACACCCCCCCCACACUCUCUCUCAAAAUAAAUAAAUAAACUUUAAAAAAGUAAAAAUAAAACCCAUGUUGUUCAAGGGUCAAUUGUAUUAUUGUACUUAAGAUGUAUUUUCUUAUAGACUGCUUGUGAUUGGGUCUUGUUUUUUUAUCCGGUCUGAAAACCUUCUCUUUUAAUUGGUGUUUUAGACAGUUCAUAUUGAAUACAAGUGUUGUUAUGGUUGGAUUUAAGGCUACCAUUUUGUUUUCUGUUUGCCCCCCAUUUUAUUCUCUUUCUUGACUUCUUUUGGAUUGGUUGAAUAUUUCAUAGUAUUUCAUCUUAAUUUAUUUAUUGGAUUUUUGUCUGUGUUGGUGGUAUUUUUUACUAGUUGCUCCAGGAAUACAAUGUAUAUGCCUAACUUUUCACAGUAUAGUUAGAAUUAAUAUUUUAGCACUUCAAAUAAAAUAUAGAUGCUUAUAAUCAA